AAUGACGGAUUUAGGAAUAGCAAUGGAACGUAUGGAACAACUCAAAGAAUCUAUAGACAUUGUAAUAUUUAUCAAUAAUUAUAGGGAUAUUUAUGUAUAUGUGCUGCAUUCGUUUUGUUGAUGUAAGUUGGAUUCGCAUUCCUUGAAGGUGGAUGUCUUAGGUAUAAGGACAUGUAAAGUAUAAUGCUCAAAAUAUUUAUGAACACUUGUGUUACUAUUAUAAUAUGGUGGCUUGUUGGUUAUGGGAUAGCUUUUGGAAGUGAUUCAAAAGAAUUCGUUGGAUCAUCUGUUUAUGUGGGAUUCGAUAUGAAAAAUUCUAAACAUUUAGCAGAGUUUGCAUUUUAAACAGCUGUGGCUUCUGCUGCUACUAGCAUAGUUUCAGGAGGUGCUGCUGGUCGUAUGACAUACAUUGGAUAUUUUAUAUUAUCGGUAGUAUUUUCUUCAGUUAUAUAUCCAUUCUGUGCACAUUGGGGAUUUGGAAAUGGUUGGUUAAUGAAAUUAGGAUAUCAUGAUUAUGCAGGUAGUGGUACUAUUCAUGCAUCUGCUGGUAUGGGUGCUUUAAUGACAACUAUGUUAUUGAAACCAAGAAAUCAAAGGUUUAAUCCAAAAUAUGCAGAACAUUUUGAACCUAACAAUCCAAUUUACAUCACUUUAGCUUGUCUUUCUUUAUGGGUGUGUUGGUGUUUCUUUAAUGGUGGAUCCUCAUUAGGUAUUGCAAAUGGUGCUAGUGUUUUUAUGAGUCGUGCUAUUAUGAAUACUUUUAUUGCUGGAGCUUCUGGAGCUUUAACAGUUUUCUUUAUUUACUAUUUAAUGAAUAUUGAUUAAGGUAAUAGAUAUUCCUUAGUUAUGAUCUGUAAUGGCAAUCUGGCUGGGUUAGUUGCCAUCACUGGGUAUUUGAAUAUUGUUAUUUAAUUUAGACCUUGUGAUAAUGUUGAUGCUUGGGCAGCUUUUGUUAUUGGAAUAUUGGGAGGUAUGAUGAUGGUUUUUGCAAAUAGAGUUCUAUUCAAUCUAUAAAUAGAUGAUCCAGUUGAUGCAAUUUCAAUCCAUUUUGUAUUUAAUUUUAUCUUAUUCAAGGCAUGUGGAAUGUUGGGAGCUAAUUUGGUUUCAUGGUUUGAUAUGGAUACAGGAAUUGUUUAUGGUAAAGGUGGCUAUUAAUUUGCUGUUUAAAUGUUAGGAUCUUUUAUUUAUAUUGGAUGGUCUGCAAUUAUUCAUUUGAUAACUCUUCUAUUUAUUGAAAAAAUUGGAUUUUUAAGAGUUACAUUAGAAGAAGAAUAUGAAGGAUUGGAUCCUGCAACAAUGGGAUGUUGUGCAUAUGAAAUGGUUGAAUAAUAAUAAUGA